CUCCUACGGGACAGCAACAUUUUCUUAAGCUAGGGAAGAUGAAGGAGGUUUUUAAAAUGAGGGGGUUAAAAGGCCCAGAGUUUGGCCGAACGGGCUUUUCGAGGCUCCUACUUGAAGUGCGCAUUUCCUCUCCGCUUUCAGGAGAUGUCCUAAAACCAGAAGGGCGUUUUUGUCUCCAGUCCACACAGACCCAAACUUUUUCUCUCGUCACGUGCCUGGCCCGGGCCAGUCAGCUGCUUCGUAACUCGAUCACCGAAGAGCUGCCAGGAUGGGCGGUGCAGUGACAGCCAGCAGCCGCUUAGGUAGGGGCUGAAGGCAAGAGAGGGAAAGCCUGACCUGUGACCUCCGCGGAGCUGGGAAUCGGCCCGUUGCGCAGAUGAAGGGAGAAGCCGGAAGUAUGCGACAGGAGAAGCCCAAACAGGAGGAACGCAUCUGGGGCUCCAUGAAGAGGACGGCUUUCAUCCUGGGCUCUGGCCUUCUCUUGCUUGUGGCCUUCUCAAGCUCGGUCUCAGGGCAACUUCAGAGAUUUUGGGAUGCUUCUGGCUGUUUUCAGCAAGCCCAAUGGGAGAGGCUCCUGUCUACAUUCGAAGGGAAGGAGUGGAUCCUCUACAUUAUGGCUACCAUCCUAGUACCUGCUCUGCUUUUCUGGAGCUUCAACGGGCUUCUGCUGGUGGCUGACACAGCCAGAAAACCGAACUUCAUCUCCCGCUACCGAAUUCAAGUUGGCCAGAAUGAACCAGUGGACACCAUGAAACUACGCCAGUCUAUGCGCACAAUUCUCUUCAACCAGUGCAUGAUAUCUGUCCCCAUGGUGAUCUUCCUCUAUCCCAUCAUCAAGGUGCGGGGAGACCCCUACCGCCGAGAGCUACCCACCUUCCACUGGUUCCUUCUGGAGCUGGCUAUCUUCACUCUGAUUAACGAAGUCCUAUUCUACUACUCACACCGGCUCCUUCACCACCCAACAUUGUACAAGAAAAUCCAUAAGAAACACCAUGAGUGGACAGCUCCCAUUGGCGUGAUCUCUUUCUACACCCACCCUAUCGAGCAUGUGGCCUCCAACAUGCUGCCAGUGGUACUGGGUCCCAUCCUAAUGGGCUCCCACUUGUCCUCCAUUGCCGUGUGGUUUUCCUUGGCCCUCAUCUGCGCCACUGUUUCCCACUGUGGCUACCACCUACCUUUCCUGCCUUCACCUGAAUUCCAUGACUACCACCAUCUCAGGUUCAACCAGUGCUACGGGGUGCUGGGGGUGCUGGACCACCUCCAUGGGACUGACACCAUGUUUAAGCAGACCAAGGCCUACGAGAGACACAGAUUCCUGCUGGACUUCACUCCACUGUCUGAGAGCAUCCCGGAUCCCCCGAAGAAGAUGGAUUGAGAGAGGGCCCAAGUGCCACCUUGGCUGUCCCCCUCAGUGGACUGCUAAGGUGGCCCAAGGCGUGCUGAUUGUAUCUAACUCGCUCCUUCAGCCAUGCAGUUUCUUUCUGUCUUAUUUUACAGGUUUAUUUAUUUUUGAGAGAGAGAGAGAGAGAGAGAGAGCAUGAGCAGGGGAGGGGCACAGAGGGGGACAGAGGAUCCGAAGUGGGCUCUGUGCUGACAGCAGUGAGCCCCACGUGGGGCUUGAACUCAUGAAAGGUGAGAUCAUGACUUGAGCUGAAGUUGGAUGCUCAACUGACUGAGCCGCCCAGGUGCCCCAGCCAUGCAUUUUCUAAUGACAGCAUCACUGUGGCAAGGGGAAGCACAGCUUCCCGGAAAGGUAGGGCCAAGGAUGGGGCCAGGGCUCCCCCAACAGCCUCUGUUGUCCCUCAACAGGACCAGGAAUUGGCUUAAGGGGGAGAAACAAGAAACAGCUCCCCAGAAUGGAGGCCAGUGAGAAGGAAGAAACCACCUUACUAGGGCUCCGGGCAAAUACCCCGUGGUCCUUUGCUGUGGAAAGGGAGAGGUGAGACCCCGGGUGACUUUUUUAUGGCCUAGGCAAGACACAAAGAAUGCAAAGGUAGCAGUAAGACUGGAAGCCACUCCCAACUCCAGAGAGAGCUCCUUCUGGUGCCAGGGGGUGAGAGAACCAGAAGGUAUUGCUUUGCCCCUUCCUGCACCAAAAAGCUUUUCUUAUACCCUACUCUGGUCAGGGCCAGGACACCCCCAUUGCCAACACACACACACACACACACACACACACACACUGAGUCAGCCAACAAAGGCCCCAUUUCAACUCUGCUCCACUACAGACAUCAUCCCUCUAUGAAAAGAAAAAUGCCAAUCAGAGAGAGCCCCUCCCUGGAUUAAAACUGAGAUACCAAAGAGGUGCAGACCAGACCCUGACACCUACCUUCAGCCAUAUGCGGAAACCAAAGGCUAAACCCUGUCGAUCUAAGCUGGGGGCCCUUUUAUCCACUGAGGGAAGGGUCAGAGUUCCUGACCUUUGGGGACACCCACCUGAGGCCCCCUUAUUAGCCUCCCUGAAGUAGGACCAAAGAGGCUGAAACCCUCUUCCUCCAGUGAGAAGGCAAGAAAAACAUGGCUGAGGGGCGCCUGGGUGGCUCAGUCGGUUAGGUGUCUGACUUCAGCUCAGUUCAUGAUCUCACGGCUUGUGGGUUUGAGCCCUGCAUCAGAUUCUGUGUCUCCCUCUCUCUCUGCCCCUCCCCUGCUCGUGCUGUCUCUCUCACUCCUCUCUCAAAAAUAAACAAUAAAAAAAAAAAAAG